AUGACAAAAACAGCAGUUUUUAAUGCGCCUCAUGAGCCUGUCACAGACUCUGUUGAAGGAGUAUUUUUCUCAGCACAUACAUAAUUUUUAUGGGGUUACAGUGGAUUAUGCAUUACACCCUUUUUGAUAAUUGUGUUUGGCUGCUUUUUUGUAUCUUUACUUGUGUUUGUAUUGUUUGCUCUGAUGUUCCUCACACUGUAGGUGAAAGAAAACUACUGAGUGUGGAGGGAGAUGCUGUGACACAGCCUGGUUUAAGGAUCAGAGAAGUGAGAAACAUUAGUUCUAAUUUACCUCAGUGUGUAAAGCUGGGAGGCAGCGAGCGCUUAGCCUUGCACUCUGAUGGGGAUGUUGUCAUUGGGGGUUUUUUUCCACUACAUGUUGCAUCUAAUCCACAGUACAGCUACAACAGCAAACCCCAAACUACACCUUGCAGCCGGUGAGUGCAAAGGUACUGUUAAUAUCUGCUGAUUUUGAUACUAUUCCCAUGUUCCUAUGAGGUUGAUGUCUGUAUGAUAAAAUAAAUACUUUUUCCACUUUUAAUUAAUUAAUUAAUUAAUUUUUACUUUUAAAGCUUUUAUCAACGGGGCUUUCGUUGGAUGAUGGCUAUGAUAUUUGCAGUGGAGGAAAUUAACAGUAAUUCAAGUCUGUUACCAGGUGUUAAACUAGGCUACUGGAUUAUGGACAGCUGUAACCAUAUCCAUAACAGCCUGCAGGCUCUUCUGUCCUUACUCGGUCACUCUAAAACUGUCAGCAGUGUGGUAGAAAAAACAGCAGAAACUGACAGUGGUAUUGAAAUGGAAGCAUUAAAGACUGGUGAAACAACACAAAAGAAAAGAAUACUAACACGAAAAAAGAGAUGUAUUAAAGCUAAUACCACAAUGCUGAAUAGUCUUAAAAAUACUGUAAAUGACAUAGUAAAUGCAACAGAAGAGAUAAAAGCAAACCAGUCAUCCACAUGUCUGUAUUAUUCUCCUGUGCCUGCUGUAAUUGGUCUUGCAUCCUCUUCCCCCACAAGAGCUGUAGCUCAAACACUUGGACCUUUUAACAUACCACUGGAUGAUUACAGUCUUUAUGGCAUACAAGCAUUCUCUAUUCAAUUUAGAAAAGAAGGUGGGUGUGUGGCAUAUCACCGCACUAUCUCAACAUCACCCACAGUGGCUGAGAUAAAAGAAAUGGCAGACAAGCUGCAGAGUUCAACUGCUCGGGUUGUGGUGGUGUUUGCUACAGAAGUGGAACUGCUAGAUCUGUUUUUAGAACUUGCUAGGAGGAAUGUGACUGGGAUACAGUGGAUAGCAAGUGAAGCUUGGGUGACCUCUAGCCGGCUAGCCUCACCUGAAUUCCACCCUCUCCUAGUGGGAACACUGGGGUUCUCUUUCCCCGGAGUCAACAUCCCAGGCUUUCAAGAGUUUCUUUUGAAUGUCCGACCCUCUCCCAAACCAGGAAUGGAAUUUUUCAAUAUGUUCUGGGAAGAACAUUUUGGUUGCAAGCUAGAAUUUGAAAGCCAAAGAGCCAAAGACUAUGAAGCAAAUAUUGUAGAUAACUUCACUGAUAUGUAUAGUUUUCGCUACAACAGGAACGGAGAUGAUCGUUUAUUUAAUGGGAGAGUGGAGGAAAAACCCGUGUGCACAGGUUCAGAGGAUCUGCGAUACACUGACAGCAGUUAUAGUGAUGUAUCUCAGGUUAGAAUUUCCUAUAAUGUGUAUAAAGCUGUGUAUGCCAUUGCUCAUGCUCUUCACAAGUUUUUGAAGUGUGACUCAACAGGACUUAAUGAGGGAUUAUGUGAGAUGCACAACUCAUUUGCAAAUAGUCAGUUUCUUCAAGAUCUGAAAAUGGUGAAUUUCACUAACCAGUUUGAUGAGAAAGUAUCCUUUGACUCCAAUGGAGAGCCAGUCCCGCUUUAUGACAUUGUUAACUGGCAGGAGAGCAGCAAGGAUAAAAUCAGCUUUAUCAAAGUCGGAAGCUAUGAUGGUUCAGCUCCACAGGGACAGCAGCUGAAGAUAGUGAAAAACACUAUUGUUUGGACAAAAAAGCAAUCUCAGGUUCCUGUAUCUCAAUGUAGUGCUCCAUGUCCCCCUGGCAGCAGGCAGGCCACACGCCAAGGAGAGCCCAAAUGCUGCUUUGAUUGUUUGCCCUGUGCAGAUGGAGAGAUCGGCAACCAGACUGGUUCCACUGAGUGCACAAAAUGUCCUGAGUACUUCUGGUCAGACAAAGAAAAAGUGAAAUGUGUUGCAGGAUUAGAAGAAUUCCUCUCUUUCUAUGACACCAUGGGAAUCAUCCUGGUUGCACUCACCCUGCUGGGAUUCUUACUGACCACCACCAUCACCAUUGUCUUUCACAGUUUCCGCUAUACACCCAUUGUCAAGGCCAACAACUCAGAAAUAAGUUUCUUGCUUCUCCUGUCACUCAAGCUCUGUUUCCUGUGUUGUCUGGUGUUUAUUGGUCAGCCGUCUUGGUGGACAUGCAGGCUCCGCCAGGCAGCAUUUGGGAUCAGCUUUGUCCUGUGUUUGUCCUGCCUCCUUGUUAAGACCAUUGUGGUCCUCCUGGCUUUCCGGACUAAUGUACCUGGUUCCAGGGGUCGGAAGCUGUUUGGUACAUCUCAGCAGAGGAUUCUGAUCAUCUGUACAACAGCUCCUCAGAUUUGUCUCUGUUCUGGCUGGGUGUUGGGAGCACCUCCCUUUCCAUUCAGGAACCCAAACUACCAAGCUUCAACUGGAAAAAUUGUUGUGGAGUGUAAAGAGCCAUGGCCUCCUGGAUUCUACCUGCUCCUUGGUUACAUUGGCCUACUGGCCUUUGUCUGUCUUCUCCUGGCAUUCUUUGGAAGAAAGCUACCAGACACAUUCAACGAAGCGAAGUUCAUCACCUUCAGCAUGCUGAUUUUCUGGGCUGUGUGGAUUUCUUUCAUUCCAGCUUAUGUCAGCUCUCCUGGGAAAUUUUCUGUGGCAGUGGAAAUAUUUGCUAUCUUAGCAUCCAGUUUUGGAUUGUUACUUUGUAUUUUUAUUCCCAAAUGUUACAUUAUUUUACUGCACCCUGAGAGGAAUAUUAAGAAAGGCAUGACUGGGAAACAUCAAAGAUGAACAUUUAUAUUCUCAGUGUUUGUGAGAGUAAACAAUUUAUACAGUUAUCAUAUUUUAAUGUGAAAAAAAUUUAAAUGUCAUAUGAGCAUUAAACUAUUGUUAAAAGUUUUUACUUUCCAACAUAACCUUGAUUUCAGCAUUUACUCUGUCCUUUAGGGAGCAUUGUUUAAACGUUAGACAAACUGAACAGGGGGGUUAAGCCACCAUAGAGAAACAUUUUUUAAAAAACAUUUGAAACCAGGUUAAUUGUCUAAUUUAGUUAUUGUUAUAUGAACUCACAACUGGUGUUGAUACUGCACAAACAUUUUUGCUUUAACUAUUUUAAAAUUUACUGAAGUCUUUCAAACACAGAAACCAUUUACUUCUCUAAAAUAAAAGACAAAAUAUGAUGUCUGUUGGCAACAAGAUUUUCACAAUGUGUUUUUUUUUCUACAUACAAAUAAAGAUUUAUAAGAAAUGUCAUACA